AUGGAAGGUCGGCGGAAUGUUUGUGAUUAUGAAGGUGUCCUGCAGGAUUUACCAACCACUAGAGACAUGGCACCCAAUGAUACUCAGCUAUUGCCCGUCAUAUGCAAGGAGUUUACAUCUGGUCUGACCCAGCAGGAGUAUAAAGAGGGCCGGGGGCAGGAGGCGUGCAGCACAGCCCAGGAUGUCGCGCCCCGCCACAGUGACCUGGUGCCCGUGUCUGUGGCUGCUGCUGCUGUCGGGUCGGCGGCUGCGGCGUGGCCGUCCGCGGUCUGGCAGCGGACCGGCGCCCACGAGCGCAUCGUCGGCGGCCACGAGGCCAGCAUCGCCGACCUCCCCCGGCAGCCGGCCUUCGAGCUCGGCGGCGACCAGCGGUGCGGCGCGUCGCUCAUCGGCCCCUCCUGGGCGCUGACCGCCGGCCACUGCGUCGAGGACGUCAAACUGGACUACUUGGCGCUGCGGGCGGGCUCCUCCGUCCGUGGCGGCGGCGGCAGCCGUCUUCCUGCACCAGCAGUCAACGGAUCCUUCACGCUGGGCCCCAACGUACAGAUAGUGGGACUUCCAGCUGACGGCUACGACCCUCCGAGUGGGCUGCCUGGGAUGGUCAGUGGCUGGGGUUACCAGCACAGCGGCAGCGGCCCGUCCAGUACACUGCAGGUGGUGGACAUCAAUGUGGUGGACCGCGAGAUAUGCCGCCAGGUGUUCGUCGCUGUGAAUGCCGUGACGGGGCGCAUGAUCUGCUCUGGAGAGUUCUCGCGUGGCAUGUGUCUCGGCGACUCGGGUGGCCCACUAGUCAACAAUGGUACGCAGGUGGGCAUCGUCUCGUGGGCGCUCGCCUCCUGCCAAGUCGGCCUCUCCGUCCAAACCAAUGUCGGCUACCUGAGGUCCUGGAUCCGAGACACCGCCGGCAUCUAG